AGGGCCUUGGCUAACCAUGAAAUCUUCUCUGGGCCUGUAUGAGAGAGACCCCACCUUCUUCCUCUGUACCUACAGCAUCAUCAUGGUGCUGCGGAAGGUUGCCCUGAAGCAGCUGCCCAGGAACAGGGUCCCCAACAUGGCAGUGACGAUCAAGUCCCUGACCCGGAGCAUGAUGGACACCAGCGUAGUUUUCAAGGACCCCACAGGGGAGAUGCAGGGAACAGUGCACAGGGUGCUUCUGGAGAUGUGCCAGAAUGAGUUGAAGCCAGGCUCGGUGCUGCUACUGAAGCAGAUUGGAGUGUUUUCUUCUUUACUCCGGAAUCACUAUCUCAACGUGACGCCCAACAACCUGGUUCAUAUUUACAGCCCAGAUUCUGGGGAUGGGAACUUCCUCAAGGCAUCUCAGCCCUUCCCCAAGGAUCUAGGAAGCUUCCAUGGUGGCCUCCAGCUUGAUGUGGAUGCGAAGUCUGAGGAAAACCUCAGAACAGCACAGCACCCAGAGGCAAGGAAGUCCCCUGAGGAGGAACUCUCAGAAGCAGAUGACCUGGAUGGGCUCCUGAGCGAGCUCUCUGAGGACUUCUUCUGCGGUACCAGUGGUUGGGACUGCCCCAAGCCAGGGCACCCACUGUGAGCAGGCAGCCUCUCAGGACCCAGG